CAGUCUUCCUCGCGGCCAACGGUACUGUCAACUGGCAGUCCGUCUACAUGUUUGGAUACCAGGCACACAAUGAGCUGGCUACGCUAGGCAAGGAGUUCACCAAGAAGUUCUACAGCGUUGCCGCCGACCAGAAGAUCUACUCCUACUACCAAGGCUGCUCCGAGGGAGGUCGUGAGGGAUGGAGUCAGGCACAGCGGUUCGCUGACCAGUUUGACGGUCUUGCCAUUGGCGCGCCUGCUUUCCGAUACGGACAGCAGCAGGUCAACCACCUGACGGCCAACGUCAUGGAACAAACCCGAAACUACUUCCCUCCAAGCUGCGAACUCGAAAAGAUCCUCAACAUGACCAUCGCCGCCUGCGAUCCCCUCGACGGCAAGACCGACGGCGUCAUCGCCCGCUCCGACCUCUGCAAGAAUACAUUCGACUUCAACACCACCAUCGGACAAGCCUACUCCUGCCCCGCCAAAGCCGCCAGCACCGGCCCCGGCUUCCCUACCCCGGCAAGCCCGGCCCAGAACGGCACCGUCACCACCGAGGCCGCGACUUUGGUCAAGGACUACUACGACGGCCUUCACGACUCCACGGGAAAGCGAGUCUACCUCAACUACCAGCCCGGUUCAGCCUUCUCCGACGCGACGGCCUCGUUCGACGAGGCAACGCAGACCUGGGGCCUGAGCAUCUCCGGCCUCGGCGGCGAAUGGGUCGCACGAUACCUCCAGCUCCGCGACACCAGCGACCUCGGUACUCUUGCCAACGUCACCGCUGAUACCCUCCGCGACUGGAUGCUCUACGGCAUGAACAAGUACGCCGACUCGCUGCAGACGACGCACCCUGACCUCAGCGGAAUCCAGUCCGCUGGUGGCAAGAUCCUCCACAUCCACGGCGAGCAGGACGAUUCUAUCCCCGCCGCCUCGUCGGUGCACUACUACGAGUCUGUGCGGAGCAUCAUGUUCCCCGGCCAGGGCUUCAACGAGAGCGGUGCAGCCAUGGACGAUUUCUACAGGCUGUACCUUGUUCCUGGCGGCGCCCACUGCGGUGCCAACUCGAACCAGCCCGGCGGCGGAUGGCCUCAGACGACGCUGCAGACUGUGAUCGAGUGGGUUGAGAAGGAUGCUGCCCCGGCGACGCUGAACAACACAGGUGUCGGCAUCGACACGCUCUGCCGCUGGCCUAUGCGGCCUUUGUGGUCUAACGAUGGUGCUUCCUUCGAUUGUGUUUAUGACCAGGCUUCUAUUGACAGCUGGAUGUACACUUUCGAUGCCUUCAAGAUGCCCGUCUACUGA